UCUCUCCCUCCCCUGCGCCUGUCUCCAUCUCUUCUUCUCCUCACUGGUCCUUUAAGCCGGCUGCAUCACAGGAGCUAUCCAGUGCUGAACAGGAUCACUUUUAUUUAUUUAUUUUUGCAUUUUUCCGGGGGAAGCUGGGGGAGCCAGAGUGCAUUACACAGCAUUGCCGUCAGCGCCGUUCACCACUGGGUUGCGUUUUUUUUUUAACAUCUUAUGUUUUUGGCCACAGUCUCCAUCACAAGGAUUACCGUAAAGCCAGCUCUAUCAGCGUGCUCUCUCAGAAGGUUUUUGUUUUUUGCUCAUGCGUUUUCCGCCGCUCUGUGUUAUUAUCCAUUGAAACAUGCCCCGCUCAUUUUUGGUGAAGAAGAUCAAGCUUGAUGAUUUCUCUUCAUCCAAUGCGGCCACCAACAAUCAUCAUCACCACCUCGACGACUCGCUCACUUUUGCGGGCUCCAUCACAGACUCGGUAACCAGCCUUGGUGUUCGUCUGAGUGAGAAUGGCUACAUCCAGGAUUACAUCACGCCAUCUGUAUACCAGGGGGAGAAGAAGAUGGAGCACAAGCCGGUGUCAGACCCGCUGUACACCCAUGUGAGCAGCGGCGGGGAGUACUGUGACCCCGACCUGAAACACCCCGACAGCCCCCAGUCAGGCAUGACCGCCAGCGGCUUCUACAGCGGCGAAUCGGAGGCCCUGUCUGAGGGUUACACCAUGGAUGCCUUCUUCAUCUCUGACGGGCGUUCGAGACGGAAGGGAGACAGCGAGGGUCGCGAAGCGCGCGAGGGGGGUUCGAGAAGCAGCAGCGCCAACGCUGCCGUGCAGGAGAGGGCGAUAGGCACAGCUCGCCACACCUGUAACGAGUGUGGGAAGACGUACGCCACCUCCUCCAACCUAAGCAGACACAAGCAGACGCACCGCAGCCUCGACAGCAAGAUGGCCCGCAAGUGUCCGACGUGUAAUAAAGUGUAUGUGUCCAUGCCGGCGUUGGCCAUGCACAUCCUCACCCACGACCUCAAGCACAAGUGCGACGUGUGCAGCAAGGCCUUCAGCCGGCCGUGGCUCCUGCAGGGUCACAUGCGCUCACACACGGGGGAGAAGCCCUUUGCUUGCGCCCAUUGUGGCAAAGCCUUCGCCGACCGCUCAAACCUCCGCGCCCACAUGCAAACACACUCUGCCUUCAAGCACUACAGAUGCAAGCGCUGCAAUAAGACUUUUGCUCUCAAGUCCUACCUGAACAAGCACUAUGAGUCGGCUUGCUUCAAGGGCUCUGCAGACGAAGACGACUCUGGAUCAGACAACUAACGGCGUGGAAGUCGUAGGAUUUUAGUUUCACAACUGGUAACUCCGAUCACUCUGCCCUCCAUGCCUUUUUUCUUCCCUUUUUUUAGAAAGCAAUAUUUUCACUGAGAUUACGAAGAAGCUCUAACGAUAACGGCAAAGACAAUUUCAGAAGAUGCUGGAUUUUUUUUCCCUGCACAGUAGCUAAUCGUCCACAGAUAAAUACAAUCAAUGACCUUUCCUAAAUAGAAACUGUAGAUGAUAGUUGUACACAUAAGCAACUUGCUCAUACACUGACUGAACACACGUAUACACACAUUCACAAUUAUAUACGAGGCCUGGCAUGUGAAUUUUUAUCAAUGACUAUACUAAUAUCGAUAGUAAUAAUAUUUAGAUUCCUGAUAUUUUAUAGCAAAUAGUAAUGAGAAAAUGAACAAAAAAACAAAACAUAAAAAGGACAGUGUUCUUUUGUUUUUUAGAGACAAAAUGACCUCUUGUAUUUUUAUGCUGCUUUUUAUUUGCUAAGAAUUGCAUUAUUUUGCAACUGCCAACAUGAACUUUUUAUGAAAAUGUGAACAAUGACAGUAUUUGCAAAAAAGAGGAGGGGAGAUCGUUUUAAUAUGGUUAAGAGACAACCUCCUUUUUCCACACCAAUGUUAUUUUUCUAUUUGAUUUUUCUAAAAUUAUUUUUUUGUGCUUAAUAUCCCUUGUUAAAAAAGCAUCUUUGUAACUGUGGGUAUUCCAAACCUUUUAAAAAGCUCUCCCUGUUUCAACUCUGUAAGAGCUAAGAUGUGCAACAGGCCUGUGUAACAGGUCUCACACGCUGUGAAUGAAGUCUUCUGACGCAAACAACCAGAGAAACAGAGUAAGAGGUCAAUCAUGUUAGGUGUAGUUUAUUUGUCUAUUGCAAAGAAAACACGCUGUUCUUCCUCCACCUCGGUGGCGUACGACUGCUUCCUGAAACGUGUGCACCGUUUCUCUGAGAAUGAGCUCUCCUCACAUGUUUGGGGUUUUCCUCGUCCGCCAGUGUGAAGACAGGUUGAUGCUAAACUGACUCGCACACCCUCAGUUACAAAGUGACUCUUUUAUAUGUCGCUCAAAGCUCCAUCCAUUCUUUAGCUGCAUCUAAUUAUCAUGUAAAUACUUUAUUUAUCUAUUUAUUUAUUUUUUCUAUUUAUUGAAGACUUAAUUGCUAUGUAUUUAUUUAUUUAUUGUUUAUAAUUUAAAAAUAAUCCGAAGAACUUGUAAGAUGCUGCUGCUCUUCAAAGAAAAUGUUUAUAUGCAUGAAAACUGUAGAGAGUCCAUGGGACUUAGUUUUUUAAAGAGGAACAAUGUACAGUAUACAGUGCCACUGCUAACGGAGGUCCAAUUUAUGAAUGCAGAGCUACUUUUGGUUGAUCCUGGCAAUAACUUUAAUGACAUGUUUAACAAUCACAGCUGUCCUGUUUUCACUCAGUUUACAGCAAUAAAAAGAAACAAUGAACAUGAAACAUAAAAAUCUUGUCUCUAAAAAUCUGAUUCCUCCUCAAGACCAGAGAUUUUUCACCUUACAAGCAAAACAAACUUAGGCAAUAAACUUCCAGAGACAGUAAACCUUGAUACAGACGUAACUCUCCGUGUUUGAUCAAAUUAGAGGCGAGUAAUGUAGGUGUGAUCAUGUUACCCCCAAGGUUUCAAAGGUGCAAAAGCAAUAACGAUGCAAAGUGAUCUUUUCUACAGAAGUGCUACUAGAAAAAAAAGCCGACUGAAAGAGGCUGCUAUUUUAUAUCCUUAUUCGUGUGCUAUGUAUCUUUUGCAGAGCUGCCAUAUAAGAACAGUGAAGCACCACUGCAGUGGACAUUUGUUAUUUGACUGAUAAAUAAAACAAAUUAAAGGACCACACGGCACUGGUUAUCUAUCUAAAGAGACUGUCCUCGAAUCGAAUACUAACUAGGUUGCUGUACAUAGGACGUAUCUAAACAUUAGCUGUCUGGGCAGAGAAAGUUUUCAAGUUGGAGUGGAGUGGCACGCUCUAAUGCACAUCCGACUCCCCCUUCAUUUGCCCCCCUCCCCCAAUUCCCCAUCAGCCAUCUUCAGCCCAACUGCUUCUAAACAGACGCACAGAGGAUGAGAUGUGCUGAAGUGGGAUUGGCGGAGGGCGGCCGAGUGUGGGAGGAUAACAGGUGUUUGCAGACAGACUGCAGAUAGGGAGCGUAAUUGAGUUGGUGAGCAACCUCCAAGCGGAAGGUCAAGCACCAGCAGGCAAAUGCACUGUCAGCUAUUUGCAUAUUCCAAAUAGAUGAAAUGAUCGCAGUGACGGCGAGCUCAUCCUAAAAACACCACAUAGAUACACACAC